GGUUGUUUGUUUUAAACCCCAGAGUUGUUCACGCUUUAGGCUUAUUGAUUUAACGAGGAAAGAUCAAGACAAAUCACGGUUCAAGUAUGUUUCUUAAAGCUAUCGUGGCACUUUUGGUGGUGAAUUUGGCCGUGUCGAGCGCUGGGCUGGUCGGAGGACCAGUGGAUGCGAAAAUGGACAAAGAAUCUAAGAAAGCGUUAAAGUUCGCAAUGACCCAGUACAACAAACUAAACGGAGAUGUGUUUUUGUGUGCUGUCUCCAAAAUCAUCAAGCUCCAAAAACAAGUUGUUGCUGGCAUUAAAUACAUCUUCACUGUGAACGUGGCCAGAACCACCUGCAGAAAGGGCAGAGAUGAGAAGUCGUGUCCAAUUCAAAAGAACCCUGCUCUUGCACGGGUAAAGCAAUGCAGAAUAGCGGUCUGGAUCAAGUCAUGGGAGAAAUUUAUUAAAGUCACUGAAAACUCCUGCCUGUAGUGGAUGCAACUUUGAAGCUUUUUUGACAUUCAAAGCAAAUGCAAUAUAACUCGCUUGAUAUUGCUUAUUAUACUGAACUUUAAAUCGUAUUUGUUCUGGUAACCUAUUGAUGUCAGCAGCAAUUCUUUAUAUAUAAAUGCUUCACUAACACAAACUUGUCAACCCAUUGGACUCCAUUGCUCCACAAGGACUACAAUUUGGAUGAGUUCCUAAAUAAGCCGCUUGUUCUCACAUUUUGUACAUCUUUGGCUUAUUAAAAGUUGGUCCUUCAA